UAAACCAGGACGCCGAACCCUAAAAAUUACCUUGCAUCAUUCUCCAUUACGAUUGUCCGUGGUUUGUGUUGAAGCAACGCAUAUUUUGAAAUGGCUCUACGAGUAACCAGAAACCGCUUGGCUUCCACCAGGACUGACCUCGGUGGUAAGGCCUGCUCGGUCGCUGGUCCCACCAAGCCUCGAGCGGCGCUGGGCGAAAUCGGAAAUCUCGCAGUUAACAAAGAAGUCACGUUACAGAAGAAGACUGUCAAGACGGAGCCUACUAAAAAGAUUGAGCCCGCUAAGAAGACGACCAAAGUCAUCAAAGCGGUUGCACCACAAGAAAAUGUUGUUCCUGUUAAACCUGAGCCUGAGGUUCUCCCUGAACCAGCGUCCCCCACUCCAAUGGAGACUUCUGGCUGUGCUCCUGCUGACCUCUGUCAGGCUUUUUCUGACGUCAUUCUCCACACUGCUGUCAGGGAUGUGGAUGCUGACGACUAUGACAACCCCAUGCUCUGCAGUGACUAUGUGAAGGACAUCUACAAGUACCUCAGACAGCUUGAGGUUGAGCAGAACGUCAGGCCCACUUAUCUGCAGGGUCGGGAGGUGACUGGUAACAUGCGGGCCAUUCUCAUUGACUGGCUUGUGCAAGUGAGCCUAAAGUUCCGGCUGCUGCAGGAGACCAUGUACAUGACUGUGGGAAUCAUUGACCGCUUUCUUCAGGACCACCCAGUCCCAAAGAAGCAGCUGCAGCUGGUCGGCGUGACUGCCAUGUUCCUUGCUUCCAAAUACGAGGAGAUGUAUCCCCCAGAGAUCUCGGACUUUGCCUAUGUGACGGACAGGGCCUACACCACUGCCCAGAUCAGGGACAUGGAGAUGACCAUUCUCCGCACGCUCAAGUUCCAACUAGGCCGCCCUCUUCCCCUGCAGUUUCUCAGAAGGGCCUCAAAGAUUUAUGAGGUAACUGCUGAGCAGCACACCCUGGCAAAAUACCUCCUGGAGCUCACCAUGGUCGACUAUGAAAUGGUUCACUUCCCACCUUCCAUGGUGGCAAGUGCUGCUCUGGCUCUUACCCUCAAGAUCUUGGAUGCUGGUGAAUGGGAUGUGACUCUGCAGCACUACAUGGACUACACUGCAGAGAGUUUGAUUCCUGUGAUGGCACACAUUGCCAAGAAUGUUGUGAAGGUGAACGAUGGGCAGACCAAGCACUUGGCAAUCAAAGGCAAAUAUUCCACUUCAAAGCAGAUGAGGAUUGCCACCAUCUCGCAGCUCAAGUCUUCAAUGGUGAAGGAACUUGCAAAGCAGCCCGCUCAGUGAGGAGAUGAAAUGUUUUUGGCACAAUGUGCUGAUUUGUACAGUUGUAACUUAAUGUGACCGAAGGAGCUGCUGCAUACCAAGGACAAUGGUUUGCUUGUUAAACUGAAAUGGUGUUUACUUUUACAGACUUCAAAGCAUGCUACAAGUUUUUUUUAUUUUUAUAUAUAACUUUUUUUUAUUUCCCUUUUCUGAAAGCUGGCCCUCCAGACAUGGCUCACACAAAAUGGCAGUCUUGUAACCUUGUCACCUUAUCAGACUUAUUUACUCUAUGAGAUUCAGUCGGCUACUAAUGACUUUCUUUCUAAUGCAACCCUUUGCUAGUUUCACUAUGCUUACAACAGCUUGUUAAUGCACUACUGGCUGACAUUGGCUGAAAUCUUGACUGGGUAUCCUCAAUCACAAUAUUUGAAUUUCCUGCACGCAAAUGUUGCUGCCGCCUGUUUAUGCCAAGUCAAACAUUUAUAUCUCAGCACAAGUUAUUCUUAUAGCUUAAUGUAACUGCCAAGUGGCUGCACAUUUAAAACUUGUGGCAUGCUUUAAGGUAACUUUUAAGAAGGGGCCUUGGGUGUGGGUUUUGUUUUUUACAAUGUGUGAAAUGUACAGCAAUACUUAACUGAUUUUUACUUGAUGUCUUGUUUUUUUUUUAAAGCCUCUAAUUAAAUGGUUCAGACCCAGAAA